GCGGCGGAAGCAGGAGCGGCCGGCGGUGGGGGGAGGGGAGCCGGCGGGUGCGCGCGCAGCGGGGGCGCGGGCAGCGUGGGGGGGCGGCCGAGGCGGGCGGGCGCGCGCGCGAGGCUUACCCUCGCUCGGCGGCGGUCUCUUUGUUUCGUGAGGAGAGGCGAGACGCCUACUCUGCCCCCGGCCCCGCGCGGAGGGGCGGGGGCGGCGCUGGGAAGGCGACGGCGCCGGCAGCUCCCGCAGGAGACCACUGUCUGCAGCUUCCGUGAAGAUGUCCACUCCAGACCCACCCCUGGGCGGAACUCCUCGGCCGGGCCCUUCCCCAGGCCCCGGCCCCUCCCCUGGAGCCAUGUUGGGCCCCAGCCCUGGUCCCUCACCAGGUUCUGCCCACAGCAUGAUGGGGCCCAGCCCAGGGCCUCCCUCAGCAGGACACCCCAUCCCGACCCAGGGGCCUGGAGGGUACCCUCAGGACAACAUGCACCAGAUGCACAAGCCGAUGGAGUCCAUGCACGAGAAGGGCAUGUCGGAUGACCCCCGCUACAACCAGAUGAAGGGGAUGGGCUUGCGGCCGGGGGGCCACGCCGGGAUGGGGCCCCCGCCGAGCCCCAUGGACCAGCACUCCCAAGGUUACCCCUCGCCGCUGGGUGGCUCCGAGCAUGCCUCCAGUCCGGUUCCAGCCAGCGGCCCGUCCUCGGGCCCACAGAUGUCAUCUGGGCCCGGAGGGGCCCCGCUGGAUGGUGCUGACCCACAGGCUUUGGGGCAGCAGACCCGGGGCCCGACCCCGUUUAACCAGAACCAGCUGCACCAGCUCCGAGCUCAGAUCAUGGCGUAUAAGAUGCUGGCCAGGGGACAGCCCCUCCCUGAUCACCUGCAGAUGGCCGUGCAGGGCAAGCGGCCCAUGCCCGGGAUGCAGCAGCAGAUGCCAACACUACCUCCACCCUCUGUGUCCGCCACGGGACCCGGCCCUGGCCCUGGCCCCGGCCCCGGGCCUGGUCCUGGCCCAGCACCUCCAAAUUACAGCAGGCCUCACGGCAUGGGAGGGCCCAACAUGCCCCCCCCCGGACCCUCAGGUGUGCCCCCGGGGAUGCCGGGCCAGCCCCCCGGAGGCCCUCCAAAGCCCUGGCCUGAAGGGCCCAUGGCGAACGCUGCUGCCCCUACGAGCACACCUCAGAAGCUGAUCCCCCCCCAGCCGACGGGCCGCCCCUCGCCCGCGCCCCCCGCCGUCCCGCCUGCCGCCUCCCCUGUGAUGCCACCCCAGACGCAGUCACCGGGGCAGCCGGCCCAGCCCGCCCCCAUGGUGCCGCUGCACCAGAAGCAGAGCCGCAUCACGCCCAUCCAGAAGCCGCGGGGCCUGGACCCCGUGGAGAUCCUGCAGGAGCGGGAGUACAGGCUGCAGGCUCGCAUCGCACACCGCAUUCAGGAACUUGAAAACCUUCCCGGCUCCCUGGCCGGGGAUCUGCGAACCAAAGCGACCAUUGAGCUCAAGGCCCUCAGGCUGCUGAACUUCCAGAGGCAGCUGCGGCAGGAGGUGGUGGUGUGCAUGAGGAGGGACACGGCCCUCGAGACGGCCCUCAACGCCAAGGCCUACAAGCGCAGCAAGCGCCAGUCCCUGCGCGAGGCCCGCAUCACCGAGAAGCUGGAGAAGCAGCAGAAGAUCGAGCAGGAGCGCAAGCGCCGGCAGAAGCACCAGGAGUACCUCAACAGCAUUCUUCAGCACGCCAAGGACUUCAAAGAGUAUCAUCGAUCCGUCACUGGCAAAAUCCAGAAACUUACGAAGGCCGUGGCCACCUACCACGCCAACACGGAGCGGGAGCAGAAGAAGGAGAACGAAAGGAUCGAGAAGGAGAGGAUGCGGAGGCUCAUGGCGGAGGACGAGGAGGGAUACCGCAAGCUCAUCGACCAGAAGAAGGACAAGCGCCUGGCCUACCUCCUGCAGCAGACAGAUGAGUACGUGGCCAACCUCACGGAGCUCGUGCGGCAGCACAAGGCCGCGCAGGUGGCCAAGGAGAAGAAGAAGAAGAAGAGGAAGAAGAAGGCGGAGAACGCAGAAGGACAGACACCGGCCAUCGGCCCCGACGGCGAGCCGCUGGACGAGACCAGCCAGAUGAGCGACCUGCCCGUGAAAGUGAUCCACGUGGAGAGCGGGAAGAUCCUGACGGGCACCGACGCCCCCAAAGCCGGGCAGCUGGAGGCCUGGCUCGAGAUGAACCCGGGGUAUGAGGUGGCCCCGAGAUCUGACAGUGAGGAAAGCGGCUCUGACGAAGAGGAGGAGGAGGAGGAGGAGGAGCAGCCGCAGCCGGCCCAGCCUCCCACGCUGCCUGUGGAGGAGAAGAAGAAGAUUCCAGAUCCAGACAGCGAUGACGUCUCUGAGGUGGACGCCCGGCACAUCAUUGAGAAUGCCAAGCAGGAUGUUGAUGAUGAGUACGGCGUGUCCCAGGCCCUCGCUCGCGGCCUACAGUCCUAUUACGCAGUGGCCCAUGCCGUCACUGAGAGAGUGGACAAGCAGUCGGCGCUCAUGGUCAACGGCGUUCUGAAGCAGUACCAGAUCAAAGGCCUGGAGUGGCUCGUGUCGCUGUACAACAACAACCUGAACGGCAUCCUGGCCGACGAGAUGGGCCUGGGGAAGACCAUCCAGACCAUCGCCCUCAUCACGUACCUCAUGGAGCACAAGCGCAUCAACGGGCCCUUCCUCAUCAUAGUGCCUCUCUCGACGCUGUCAAACUGGGCGUAUGAGUUUGACAAGUGGGCGCCCUCCGUGGUGAAGGUGUCCUACAAGGGCUCUCCGGCAGCCAGACGCGCCUUCGUCCCGCAGCUGCGCAGCGGCAAGUUCAACGUGCUGCUCACGACCUAUGAGUACAUCAUCAAAGACAAGCACAUCCUUGCCAAGAUCCGCUGGAAGUACAUGAUCGUGGACGAGGGCCACCGCAUGAAGAACCACCACUGCAAGCUGACGCAGGUCCUCAACACGCACUACGUGGCCCCGCGCCGCCUGCUGCUGACGGGCACGCCGCUGCAGAACAAGCUGCCCGAGCUCUGGGCGCUCCUCAACUUCCUGCUGCCCACCAUCUUCAAGAGCUGCAGCACCUUCGAGCAGUGGUUCAACGCGCCCUUUGCCAUGACCGGGGAGAAGGUGGACCUGAACGAGGAGGAAACCAUCCUCAUCAUCCGGCGCCUCCACAAAGUGCUGCGGCCCUUCCUGCUCCGGCGGCUCAAGAAGGAAGUCGAGGCUCAGCUGCCUGAAAAGGUGGAGUACGUCAUCAAGUGUGACAUGUCGGCGCUGCAGCGUGUGCUCUACCGGCACAUGCAGGCCAAGGGCGUGCUGCUGACUGAUGGCUCCGAGAAGGACAAGAAGGGCAAGGGCGGCACCAAGACCCUGAUGAACACCAUCAUGCAGCUGAGGAAGAUCUGCAACCACCCCUACAUGUUCCAGCACAUCGAGGAGUCCUUUUCUGAGCACUUGGGGUUUACCGGCGGCAUCGUCCAAGGGCUGGACCUGUACCGAGCCUCGGGGAAGUUUGAGCUGCUCGACAGAAUUCUCCCGAAACUCCGUGCCACCAGCCACAAAGUGCUGCUCUUCUGUCAGAUGACCUCCCUCAUGACGAUCAUGGAAGAUUACUUCGCGUAUCGCGGCUUUAAAUACCUCAGGCUCGAUGGCACCACGAAGGCGGAGGACCGGGGCAUGCUGCUGAAGACCUUCAAUGAGCCGGGCUCCGAGUACUUCAUCUUCCUGCUCAGCACGCGCGCCGGCGGGCUCGGCCUCAACCUCCAGUCGGCCGACACUGUGAUCAUCUUCGACAGCGACUGGAACCCCCACCAGGACCUGCAGGCGCAGGACCGCGCCCACCGCAUAGGGCAGCAGAACGAGGUGCGCGUGCUACGGCUCUGCACCGUCAACAGCGUGGAGGAGAAGAUCCUGGCCGCCGCCAAGUACAAGCUCAACGUCGACCAGAAGGUGAUCCAGGCCGGCAUGUUCGACCAGAAGUCCUCCAGCCACGAGCGGCGUGCCUUCCUGCAGGCCAUUCUCGAGCACGAGGAGCAGGACGAGAGCAGACAGUGCAGCGCGGGCAGCGGCAGUGCCAGCCUCGCCCACACUGCCCCUCCGCCGGCGGGCGUCAACCCCGACCUGGAGGAGCCACCUCUAAAGGAAGAAGACGAGGUGCCGGACGACGAGACGGUGAACCAGAUGAUCGCCCGGCACGAGGAGGAGUUCGACCUCUUCAUGCGCAUGGACCUGGACCGCAGGCGUGAGGAGGCGCGCAACCCCAAGCGGAAGCCGCGCCUGAUGGAGGAGGACGAGCUGCCCUCGUGGAUCAUCAAGGACGACGCCGAGGUGGAGCGGCUGACCUGCGAGGAGGAGGAGGAGAAGAUGUUUGGCCGUGGCUCCCGCCACCGCAAGGAGGUGGACUACAGCGACUCGCUGACCGAGAAGCAGUGGCUCAAGGCCAUCGAGGAGGGCACGCUGGAGGAGAUCGAAGAGGAGGUCCGGCAGAAGAAGUCGUCGCGGAAGCGCAAGCGGGACAGUGACGCCGGCUCCUCCACCCCGACCACCAGCACCCGCAGCCGCGACAAGGACGACGAGAGCAAGAAGCAGAAGAAACGUGGGCGGCCGCCUGCCGAGAAGCUCUCCCCGAACCCACCCAACCUCACCAAGAAGAUGAAGAAGAUCGUGGACGCCGUGAUCAAGUACAAGGACAGUAGCAGUGGACGCCAGCUCAGCGAGGUCUUCAUCCAGCUGCCAUCCCGCAAGGAGCUGCCCGAGUACUACGAGCUCAUCCGCAAGCCCGUGGACUUCAAGAAGAUAAAGGAACGCAUCCGCAACCACAAGUACCGCAGCCUCAACGACCUGGAGAAGGACGUCAUGCUGCUCUGCCAGAACGCGCAGACCUUCAACCUGGAGGGCUCCCUGAUCUAUGAAGACUCCAUCGUCCUGCAGUCCGUGUUCACCAGCGUGCGGCAGAAAAUCGAGAAGGAGGAUGACAGCGAAGGCGAGGAGAGUGAGGAGGAGGAGGAGGGCGAGGAGGAAGGCUCCGAGUCCGAGUCCCGCUCGGUCAAGGUGAAGAUCAAGCUCGGCCGGAAGGAGAAGGCGCAGGACCGGCUGAAGGGGGCCCGGCGGCGGCCGAGCCGAGGGUCCCGGGCCAAGCCGGUGGUGAGCGAUGACGACAGUGAGGAGGAGCAGGAGGAGGACCGCUCAGGAAGUGGCAGCGAGGAAGACUGAGCGCCGACAUUCCAGUCUCGACCGCGAGCCCGUCGCUCCGGGGCCGAGGCGGCAUAGCCAGUAGCAGUAACGGGUAGCAGCAGAGGUAGUUUCCGCCCGGGGUAAAGUGUAUAAACACAAAUCUUCCAUAUUUAUACGGCAGAGAAGACUAGGACUGUUUGUGUCCGGCCCUGUCCCGGCCUUGCUCGCGCGUGUCACGCAUUAAGUGUUUGAACGAGAGACAGAACCGUGCGGGGCCCACGCGACGCCUGUUUUCCUUGUCCUUCCCUGGCAGUGCUGAUGCGGCCGCAGUUUGGGGUCACUGUAGUUGAAGCCGUGGAUGCAUGUCUAUAGCCGUCCACUCCUCGUACUGUAUUUUUUUGGACAGGUCACACUCGCCGGGGCCCGGGCGCCACAGGCCCGGCGGGCUAUGUCAAUGUCACUGGAUGUCAAACAGUAAUAAAUUAAACCGACAGCAAAACUCA